AUGAGCCGCCUAGAACUGCUCGUCGUCCUGCUCCUGGCCGUGCCGGCCAUGUCCCUUCCCGUGACAAACGACAUGAAUAAAGGGGACACUAAGGUGAUGAAGUGCAUUGUAGAGGUCAUCUCUGAUACUUUAUCAAAGCCAAACCCCCUGCCGAUCAGUGAGGAAUGCCUAGAAACACUCAGAGGAGAUGAACGAAUCAUUUCUAUCCUUCGCCACCAAAAUUUAUUGAAGGAACUUCAGGAAAUUGCGGCUCAAGGUGCCAAUGAAAGAACUCAGCAGCAGAAGAAAAACAGUGGCUUUGAAGAUGAACUUUCCGAAGUCCUUGAAAGUCAGAACGACAAGAACAAGCAGAGAGAUGCGGCAGGGGAGCGCUCUGGAGAGGAGCAGCCCACGGCGUCCCUGGCUGAGCUGGAAGCACAGAAAGCCCAGCAAAAUGAAGAUUCAAGAGAGGAGGAAAAAAACAGCCUGGAGGAGAGGGAGCCCAGGCCACGGGACGCUGACCCUGGUGAGAAGGAGGACUGGGAGGAAGCAGAGAGCAACGAGAUCAGGGACACAGAGGAUGCCCAGCAAGAUGAAGCUUUGGACAACCACAUCAGCAAAGACUUCAGCAAGGAUGAGCAGCAGCAGCGAGGGAAUGAAGAGGACCACCCCAGAGGCCCCAGGGACAGCCUGGAGCUCGAGGAUGAGGGAGAGCAGCCAUCCAGGCAAGGCCAGAAGCAGAGCAAGGAGACGGCAGCGGAGCGUGUGGAGCGGGAGGAUGAUGGAGGAGACGAUGCUGCAGAGGAGGACCCUACCGAAGCAGAGAGGUCACUUGAUUUGGCUGAGGAGGACGAGGAGGCUGAGGAGAUGCAGGGAGGCAACAAUAACGAUGAUGCUCUGGGAUUUGGCAAAGACGGGCGGAGCUCUGAGGAGGAGGAGGAGGAGGAGGAGGAAGAACAGUCCCGGGCACUGAGAGGAGGAAGGCAUCGUCUGGAGGAUGAGGGGGUGCAGGGGGAGGAGGACACCUUCCAGCCCAGGGAUGCCAAAAGCGAGGAGAUGGAGGAGGAGUCCUCCAGGGAGUGGGAAGAGUCCAAGAGGUGGAACAAAAUGGAUGAGCUGGCCAAGCAGCUGACAUCAAAGAAGCGCAUGGAGGAAAAUGAUAGUGGGGAAGACCCCGACAGGUCCAUGAAAAUGGCAUUUAGGUCCCGCAAGUAUGACUUCAGUAGUCCAGAGGAAGAUGUAAGAAGAUCAUGGAAGCAUCACUCAAAGGAGGACAGCAGUGAAGGAGGCUUCCCGCUUGCUCCCAUGCCUGAAGAAAAGAAGGAUGAGGAAGGCAGUGCUAACAGGAGAACGGAGGACCAGGAGCUGGAGAGCCUGGCCGCCAUCGAGGCUGAGCUGGAGCGUGUCGCCCACAAGCUGCACGAGCUGAGGCGAGGCUGA